AGAAGGGGUAGCUCCAUCAUGGCGUCGAAAAUUGUCGUCCUGGGAGACAUCCACGGCGAGCUGCGGGAUGUCUUCACGAAGCUGGCCAAGCUGCACGCCAAGCAGAAUUUCUCGUUGGCCAUAGUGGUUGGAGAUGUCUUUGGAGACGGGACGACGGAGCAGGAACAGGAGCAGGUCACCGCGCUGCUCCAAGGCGAGCUGGCGGUGCCUCUGCCCACAUAUUUCACGCUGGGCCGCCGCCCCCUGCCUGCCCGCGUCGUUGAGGCCAUUGAGUCCAAGGAUGAGGUCUGCUCCAACCUCUACUUCCUGGGCCGACGCGCCACCCUCAAGACCUCGGAAGGCGUGCGCCUGGUCGCCCUGGGAGGCCAGCUCGAGUCCGCCGGUCAGUCCUCCGACAAAUUCCAGCCCGCCUACACCGAAUCCGACGCGCGCGCUCUCUACGGCGCCCACCAGGCCGACAUCCUCAUCACCCACCAGUGGCCCAAGGACAUCCGCGCCGGCUCGAAUGCGCCCUUGCCAGACCAUGCCAGCCCCCCGGCCGAAGUCCAAUGCGUGGCCGACCUCUGCUCAACCCUCAAGCCGCGCUACCACCUCUGCUCCUCCUCCGCCGGCUUCUUCUGGGAACGCGAGCCCUUCUUCCACUUGCCUACGGAAGACAAUCCCGAUGCGAAACCGCUGACCCGAUUCAUCAGCCUUGCCUCCUACAGUAAAACCACUAAAACAAAAUGGAUGUACGCCUUCACCCUCGACCCCCAAGCGGCCCCCGCCUUGACCAUCCCCGCCGGCGCAACCGCGAUCCCCUUCGCCCCCAUCGCCAGCAAGCGCAAGCCCCUCCAGUCUCAAAAGGACUCGUAUCGCCGUUUCGCCGUCGACGAUGAAGACCACCGGCCUCGCAAGCGCGCUCGCGCGCCCCCGCCCGGCCCCGAUCAAUGUUUCUUCUGUCUCUCCAACCCCAACAUCGCCACCCACCUCAUCACCUCCAUCGGCGACGAAAGCUACCUCACCACCGCCAAAGGCCCUCUUCCUACCUCCAAGACCUUCCCCGCCCUCGACUUUCCCGGCCACAUGCUCAUCAUCCCCUUCACCCACACCCCAACCCUAAACAGCAUCACCGAUGACGCGGCCCGUCAGGCAACCUACGCCGAAAUGCAGCGCUAUCGCACCUCUCUACACUCCAUGCUACAACAGCGCGCCAACAACGCCCUCGGUUCCGUAACCUGGGAGGUGAGUCGCGGCAACGGAAUCCACGUCCACUGGCAAUUCCUUCCUGUGCCCUCCUCCCUUAUCAACCGCAGUCUGGUCGACGCCGGCUUCCGAGUCGAAGCCGAGAACCUCAAAUACCCCAAAUUCGAACUCGCAUCCGCCUCCACCACAGAUCCCAGCACCGAACCGGGCGAUUUCUUCCGCGUCUGGAUUUGGGCCCCCUCGGAUAAGAACGGCGGCAGUGGUGAGGAUGCUGGGUCUGAGAAAACCCUUUUGCUGCCCCUUGGUCCGGAAUUUCGAUUCGAUCUGCAAUUUGGCCGCCGGGUGAUGGCAAAACUGAUGGGGCUGGAGAAGCGCAUCAAUUGGAAGGAUGAUGUGCAGUCGCAGGAGGCAGAGGAAGCCGACGCCGUGGCAUUCAAGGAGGCGUUCAAGGAGUUUGAUUUUACCUUGGAGGGGUAGGGAAGCGCCGGGGACAUUGGGAUCAGAGAAUAUGUCUUAUCACGGAGGCUGCGCGCUGUUCUGUACGGCAGGUAGGCCGCGAGGCUAUGGGAUGCGAGAUGGCAACAAGGACCACCUGCGGGGCUGGGAGAGUCCAAUCCUGCAAUCCCGAGAAAAAAACACCACGUACGCGGAGGAAGAUGUGCCAAAGAAAGCACUAUAAGGGUGGAAGCCGCAGUUGUAUUUGUAUAGGCUCAUGUCAUGUAUAUUAAGACCCUCGACUGGGCUGAUAAGUGGGUCAGCGGGCACAUGAAAUCAUAUCAUUAGCCAGCCGAAGCUUCGGCCUGGCCCGUAAGGCGCCGACACGGAGGGGCCAGGAAAGAAACAAACAUAACCAACCAACCAAACACCCAGAAAUAGCCAAUAUGUCUCCUAGACUCCCCGCUAAAGAAACGAAACAAACAGCUAAAAGCAAAUCAGGCAGAAGGAACAAUUACUG